GGGAUUCGUCAUCUCGCUCUUAUGUCGCUAUUAUAUCAUUGUCGGUUCCAAGGUUAUCACCAUUCCCGUUUAUCUCGCUGUUAGUAUGAGCACUUCCACAUCAUCGUGUUGCGAACAUAGCAAACUGAGUAACUCCGUUUGGGGCUCAAUCACGAUUUUCAAUUCUUCCCUACAUACCUCCCUAGCCUAAUAGGUACAUAUUAUAUGCUGCAGUAAGCCACUGACGACAGCUGCACGCUUACCUAAGAGCAGGCUCGCCAUGUGUGUAACUUGUCAACCAUUGAGUCUCAGGGACUUAAAACUUAUUUCCGAUGGCGAAGGACGGCGGUCUUUGUCACCGACUUCGUUUUCCGGUGACGUGAUAUCUUGCGUUUCUCCGAUCAGGCGAUGCUUCGGGAUAAGUGUCGGGUAUACCGCGCCCGAGGAAAAAAAAGCAAUCCUUCCCUUCCGUCAAAGCCUGACCGCUCAUCACCAUAUAAUGAUAUUUCACCUAAGUUAUUACUUAGGAACUACAGCUCGCCAAGCCAAAUCCUCAAUCACACUUUACCUCUCUCAUUUCCAAAGGAAAGAAAUAAUAAUACACCUUUUAAGUCAGCAUCUCACAGUCAUUCACCAUGUCUAUCCAGCAAUACCAACUUACCCAAAAGGGCGGGCCGUUUGCCCUCACGAAGGUACCCCUGCCCAAGCCUGGUCCUGGACAAGUCUCCAUCCGCCCCCGUGCCGUAGCACUCAACGGGAUUGACUGGAAGAACCUUGCAUUCGGCGCCAUAAUCCGGUCUUACCCCGCCGUUCUCGGCAUCGAUGCCUCCGGAGUAGUCGAGGCGGUCGGUGAGGGCGUCACCGCUUUCAAGGCCGGCGAUGAAGUGAUGAGCUACGCCCACGGCAUCAUAGGCCAGGGCGCAUUCGCAGAAGUCUACACGGUAGCACAGCACGAGGUUGCCAAGAAGCCUUCCGGCCUAAGCUUUGAGCAGGCCGUCUCUCUGCCCGUCAUCUUCCUCACCGCCGCCGCCACCAUCGUAGUCGGCCUCAACGUCGAACUGCCCGGCCUCUCCAAGCUGAGCAACCCGAACCAGCCCAAGUCCAUCCUCGUCCUCGGCGGCAGCUCCGGCGUCGGCGCCUCCGCCAUCCAGCUCCUGCGCAUCGCCCUGCCGUCCGUGACCAUCAUCACAACGAGCUCAGCCCCCCACCACGCGCACCUGAAAUCGCUCGGCGCCAACGUCGUCCUAGAGCGCUCCGCACAGUCCGACGCCGCCGCCCUUAAAGCCGCGACGCCGGGUGGCGCGGGCGUGGACGCCGUCAUCGACACCGUGGGCGCGGGCCCGGACUCGCCGGCGGUCUUCGAGGCGAUCAAGGCCGACGGCCCCAAGCUGUACGCGCUCGUCGUCACGCGGCCCGAUGCCAAGCUGCCCGCCGGGCUACAGUCGACGCUUGUCGGCGCCGAGAACAUCCUCAAGCAGGAGCCGACCGCGCUGCAGUACCUGGUCAAGAUUGUGGAGGAGGGCAAGUUCAAGCUGCCGAUCAAGAUCGAGGUGGUGGGCAAGGGGUUCGAGGCGAUAGAGAAGGGGCUGGGGAGGUUCCCGGCGAAUGUUAGUGGUACGAAGUUGGUUGUUACCCUGUGA